AUGCUAUGGAAUAACGAUCGCCCUCUGGAUUCAACAUUAGACAUAGAAGAGUACACAACUUUCAUCACCAACAGUAUAAUAGAAGCCACACAAGAAGAUAUCCCACGAACUAAACAAACAGCAAGAGAAUACAUACCAAGUGAAGUAUCGAAAAGCCUGAUUAAACAGAAACAUCAAGCAUAUCAAAGAUGGAAGAAGACAGGAGCUGAUAUAGACAAACGUCAAUAUUACAACUCCAAAAUCUUACUAUCGAACUCACUAAGAAAUGACAAGCGAAACAACUUCAGCAAGUUAAUGUCUUCAUUAUGUCAUAAAAAAAUGUAUUCAGAUAAGGUUUGGCUAACAGUACGCAAGUUCCACAACAAACGAAUCAAGCAAAUGUAUGCGAACGUCAUGAACUACAACAACAAAACAGCGUCAUCAGAUAAGGAGAAAGCAGAUUUAUUUGCGGAUUAUUUCGAAAAUGAAGUCUACUCUCAAACUGCUGAUACACUGCCGUUUCAUGAUCAAGUAACAGACCAAGCAAGUAACAUAAGAAAUAGAAGGACAGCCUCGUUGAACACAGCCAAGUGGAAGCUAAUAAAAGUAGAAGAAGUUAAAUAUCAUAUAAAACAACUUCGAAACAGCUCCACUGGUCCAGAUAAUAUUCACAACAGGUGUCUGAAGAACUAUUCAAAAUUACUUAUACAACACAUCACGAAGCUGUAUAAUGCAAUAUUGAAGCUAGGCUAUAUUCCAGCAAUGUGGAAAAAAGCCAAUAUUAUUCUUCUAUUAAAGCCGAAAAAAGAUAAAAAACAUCCGUCAAGCUAUCGACCGAUUAGUCUCCUUAGCUGCAUAGGCAAACUACUGGAGAAAAUAAUCAAACAACGGCUCAUGCUGCAGUUAAAACGUCGAAACAUCUUACCACAACAUCAAGCUGGCUUCAGACCAGGUAAAAGUACCAUCUACAAUAUUAUUCGUUUAGAAAGAUAUGCAGAUGGACAACUAAAAAGACCUGGUCUAAGACGACACUCAGCAGUCAUUUUAUUCGAUAUAAAAGCGGCAUUUGGCUCGGUAUGGCACGAUGGUUUGAUUUACAAAUUAAACGAUCUACGUCUACCGAGGUACAUAAUUAGCUACCUGAUUUCCUUCCUGAACGAUAGGACAGCUGCUAUCGAAUUAGAAAAUAUCUUAUCACGUCCAUUUAACUUAAAGAGUGGUACACCACAAGGAUCUCCGUUAUCACCGUUACUAUACAUCAUGUAUACGGCAGAUUCGAUGAAUGAAAUACCAACUCAUACUGAACAUGGGUUAUUCGCCGAUGAUACAGCCUUAUGGACAUCUGGUCAUACACUAACUUCACUCAAAUCCAGAUUACAACAGUCCAUAAAUGAAUUCGAAAGUUGGUGCAAAUCAUGGAAACUUAAACUGCAACCAACAAAAACAGAGCUGAUUCAUUUCAGUCUCCACCCAAGAAAGAAAUACAAAAAUCCGGUCAUAGUCAAAGUGGAAAAUACAACCAUCAAACCACUUGAUUCUACCCGAUACUUGGGUGUCAUUAUUGACAAAAGAUUAAAAUGGCGAACACAUCUUGAUCAUAUUGAAGCAAAGAUUGCUCCUCGGAUCGGUCUCCUUCGAUAUCUAUCGAUAGCAGCACAAGAACCCAACAACAAAACGAUGAUAAAUAUUUACAAAUCAAUAGUACGCACAGUCAUCAUAUAUGGCUAUCCUAUUCUCCUUACGGCCGAUCAAAAAAUAUGGGACCGUCUGCAAAUCAUGCAAAACAAAGCAUUAAGAGCGGCAUUCGGAUUACCCAUAUACACAUCGGUCAAAUACAUACACAACAUCAGCAACAUCUCGAAGAUCAAGGGCUAUGCCAUAGGACUUCUUAAACGGGCAAUUCGGAAGGCAUCAACAGACAACGACAGCACGUUAAGAAACCGUCUGCAAGGUAUCUUAGACAAAAUAUGA